CACGCAAUCUAGCGACUGACAGUGGUACUGAACUCGGUCGAAAACAAGCCAACUCCCAGAGCUGCUUCUGCUGUUCCAUAGACAGUUCCUUGCAUAAAAGUUCCACUCACGCCAUGGCGACCGUCGGGCCGUACAACGCCGCCACACCUGACGCUGACGAGAAGAAGGAGCCGACGAGGCCGCUCGCCCACCCGUCCCCGUCCCCGUCCGUUCACCCGGCGACCGACGACGACGGAGACGUCGAGGUUCAGGAGGAGGCGUCCACCGCCAAACGAGGGCGCUCGACCGCGCAGUACCUCGGCAAGCGCCGGCGCGCGCUCUGCUGGUGCGGAUGCUGCGUGACUUCCGUGGCCGUCGUCGGGAUCGUCGUCCUGGUGCUCGCGCUCACCGUGUUCAAGGUGAAGGACCCGGUGUUCAGCAUGAACCGCGUGACGCUGGAGGACGUGGACGGCGACUUGCUGGGCGCGGACGGGACGCGGCCGGUGUCCGUGAACGCCACGCUGAGCGCGGACGUGUCCAUCAAGAACCCGAACGUGGCCUCGUUCCGCUACGGCCGGAGCGAGACGGACUUCUACUACGGCGGGGAGACGGUGGGCGUGGCGUACGCGCCCGCCGGCGAGGUGGGCGCCGGCCGGACCGCGCGGAUGAACGUGACGCUGGACGCGCUCGCCGACCGGAUCUCCCCCCACGUCAGCUUCAUGGACCUCGUGUUCGGCCGGGAGUACGACCUCACGAGCUACACGGAGAUCAGCGGGAGGGUGAGCGUGCUGGGCAUCUACAAGAGGGACCUCCACAUCAAGGUGAACUGCUCCAUCACCUUGGAGGUCAGCGGCGCCUUUAGCUCGGUGGAGAGCAAGACGAUGGACUGUCUUGCAGACGUCAAGUGAGCACUAGCGUGUCUUUUUUUCGAAGAGGACAGGGCCAUCUCAUGGCUCAUGGGUUCAUAGUAUUUUUUUGCUCUCCGGAUCGUCCUAGCUCCAUUUCGUUUGGUUUCACGCUUUUCGAAUAUAGAACCUCCAUUUUUAUGGCCGAGUUAAGUAUCGUUGCGUAAUUAUUACUGUUUUCAGGUGGUUGCCAUGCCAUUGUAUCACUGCGCUCAACUUUAUGAAGGGCUACAAAUUAAGGCCAAA